GCGCGUCCUCCAGACAUCGCUCGUCCUUAUAACCCAGUCUGAGGGACAGAAACCGCUCGCACACAACAGCAGUUUCCUGUGUGCGGGCUUUUGAGUGUCCCGGAAGUAUUGCUGCGCCAGGCCGUGCAUUACCCGGAAGUAUAUAGAGGCUCCCCCUCCUGGUCCGCGGGAAGUUUAAAUCUUUGUUUUCCUGAUACGCUGCAGGGCCAUGGCUGCCGAGUCACAGAGCCUCCUGGAGAGGAUCGCGGGCCGACUACAGGGGGCUCAGGCUUCUAGGACAAGACAAAAGUCUCCACCCCGGCUACGGAGUCCAGAAGGCGAUUACAGUCCUCAGUUUCCUUGUGUACACGAGUUAGUCCUGACCGAUUCAGCAGAGGACAAUUCUCCUCCAAAGCAACUUUCACAGGAAAGCAAUAGGGCCAAACAACCAGAAUCCAAAUUUUCUCUGACAGCUAAUCUCCCCAGCUCAGUUCAAGAGAAACCAAGGUCCCGAAUAGUAGAAACAGAUUCCAGUGAUGAAGAGUUUGAGAAAUUUUUAACAGAACUAAAAACACCAAAAACCUCAACUAAAGUUGUGGAUAAACAGAACAGCUUGAAAGUGUUCAUUGUUGAAUCAGAUGAUGACUUUGAUUCAGUAUUUUCUAAAAGUUGGAAAACGCCUAAAACUAAAAAUGGAAUCAAGACCCAUGGUAAAGGAUCUAAAAGUUCUCAGGAAACAGUUGGAUCUCUGCAGUUGAAUUCUCCAGUGUUUAUCAGCGACAGUGAUGAUGAUUCAAUAGUUAUUAAAAGCACGUGGCGUGACAGACAUAGAACAGAUCGUAACAUAAAGACAGAUAAUGGAUCUACCUCAAAGCCUGUGAAGAAAACUGGCAAGGAAAAUAAUUCUAACAGUGAGGGUGGACAUGAUGCAAAGAAAUGGCCAGCUGGGAAUCGGCCCAAGAUCAUGACUUCUGGGAGCUCUGAUGAGGAGUUUGAAUGUCUAAUGGACCGCAUUAAAAACCGGACAAAGAACCAAACGCCUAGUUCAGCUGCAAGUAAAAUCAAACCAAAGACUGCUGCAACAGAACCAGCAAAAGUGCCAUGCUUUGAUCUAACAAACGCAAAGGAAAGGAAACCCAGAUCGCAGACAGACCUGUUUUCAAGUCCAUACUUUUCUAAAGAGAAAGUUCUGAAGGAACCGGAUUACUAUGUGGAGUGGACCCCUGCAGAGAAAAUGAGUCGUCUGUGUAAAGUAGAAGGCUGCUUCCUUGAAGAUCUGUCCUGUUCAACAUCCAUAUAUGUGAAGAGUUUCAAGCAAAGAAAACACGAGUUGACAACACGAUUGUACAACCUUUACAACAAAACCGUAUUUGAGCAGAAGCUUCCUGAGAAUUUAGAAAUAACUUGGAAUAAAAAGAUGAGAAAAACCGCUGGUUAUUGUGUUACGGGGCAGAAAAAGCAAACAUUGGAUCGCUAUGCCAGGAUAGAGUUAUCUGAGAAAGUUUGUGAUUCUGCAGAUCGACUCAGAGAUACGUUAAUCCAUGAAAUUUGCCAUGCUGCCACUUGGCUCAUUAAUGGAGUAAGAGAUGGGCAUGGGCAGUACUGGAAACUUUAUGCUCGAAAGUCCACAAUUGUACACCCAGAGUUACCAAUGGUGAGCCGAUGUCACACUUAUGAAAUAAACUACAAGUUCACCUAUGAAUGCUCACGUUGCAAAAACACAAUUGGACGCCACUCAAAGUCUCUAGACACAGAGAAAUUUGUCUGUGCUUUAUGUAAGGGAACACUUGUGCUACAGACCACAUCCCGAAAAGACGGAAGUCCCUCUGUUUAUCAGCUUACUCCAUUUGCAAAAUUUGUUAAAGAGAACUAUGGGUCUACAAAGAAAGAAAUGGCCGGAAUGAGCCAUGCAGAAGUGAUGCGGAAGCUUAGUUCUGAUUUUUCCAGCAAGGCAAAAAUUUCCAGUUGACUUUAUCAUGAAUGUGAACUUUUUUUUUAAAUGUGAAGUUGUGUCUUAAUUAUGAGACAUGUCAACCU